AUGGCCUAUGAUAUUACUCUAAAAUGUUUAUUCGCCAUAUACUUCUUUUUAUUUUCAGCGGAAGAGGUUCGAGCAAAAAUUUCUGCUGUCAUUGCUUUUGGAGACUCAACAAUUGACGCAGGCAACAAUAAACUGAACCUAGCUAUCUUUAAAUGUAAUUUCAAGCCAUAUGGUCAAAACUUCAAAGGUGGCAAACCUACCGGUCGUUGGUCUAAUGGCAGAGUGUUUGCUGAUUUCAUAUCUGAUGCUUUGGGUAUCAAGUCGUCGAUACCGGCUUAUUUGGAUACAAAUUCUGGUAUAGAAGACUUCGCCACUGGUGUCACCUUUGGCUCUGGUGGAGCCGGAUAUGAUAACCUAACUUCAACAUUAGUAGGUGCUAUACCUCUAUGGAAGCAAUUGGAAUUUUUCAAAGAGUACAAGGAGAAGUUAACUAAUUUUCAAGGAGAAGAGAAAGCAGCCAAGAUAAUACGUGAAGCAUUGUAUAUAGUAAGUAUAGGGACAAAUGAUUUUAUGUUUAAUUACCUCACUGUUCCUAUACGGCCGCUACAAUUCAACAUUGUUAAUUUUGAAAUUCUUCUCGCCGAAAAUGAUGGUAAAUUCAUCAAGGAUCUUUACAAUUUGGGUGCUCGAAAAAUAGCACUAGGUGGGACAAUUCCUAUGGGUUGCUUGCCAUUCGCAAGAAAUCUGAAUAUCCAACUGGUGUAUGCCGAUGGUUAUACUCCUUUGGCACAAAUGGUUCAAACACCAUCUAAAUACGGGUUCGAGGAAGUGAAAGUUGGAUGUUGCGGGACGGGAAAAUUUGAGAUAGACCAACUGUGUACGCUAGCAAUGGCAUUGUUAUGUAAAGAUCCUACUAAAUACAUGUAUUGGGAUGCAAUACACUUAACAGAUACGGCAAAUGGUUUACUUGCGGAUAGCUUAUUGAAGACAAGCCUAGCUAAAUUAAUCUGAAUCACGCGACCAUUAAAUGAUGUAUUCCCUAAUCAACACUUAUUUAUAUCAAGUAUAAAUAACC